AUGGGUGCUAAAAUGGUAAUCGGUAGUAAAGUAGUAAUCGGUGGUAAAAUAGUAAUCGAUAAUAAAGUAAUAAUCGGUAGUAAAAAAGUAAUCAGUAGUAAAGUAGUUAUUGUUAGUAAAGUAGUAAUCGGGAGUAAAAUAGUAAGCGGUAGUAAAGUAGUAAUCGUUACUAAAGUAGUAAUCGGUAGUAAAGUAGUAAUCGGGGGUAAAGUAGUAAUCGGCAGUAAAGUAGUAAUCGGUGGAAAAGUAGUAAUCGGUGGUAAAGUAGUUAUGGGUGGUAAAGUAGUAAUCGGUGGUAAAGUGGUAAUCGGUGGUAAAGUAGUAAUCGGUGGUAAAGUAGAAAUCGGUGGUAGAGUAGUAAUCGGUGGUAAAGUAGUAAUCGGUGGUAAAGUAGUAAUGGGUGGGAAAGUAGUAAACGGUAGUAAAAUAGUAAUGUGUGGUAAAGUAGUGUACCACGAGAGGUUCAUCAAACCGGCAGUAUGCAAAUAA